CGCGACACAAGACGGUGGACGAAGGAGAGGAAGAGAGGCAGUAAAAAAAAAUCUUAGGAGAAACUUUUCUGGAUGGACCGAGAGGAUGAGAGCGCUGCGGGAGUGCCUAUAGGAACUGCAGGGAGCCGUGCGUGGGGCUUUUAGCGUGCGUCACGUCAAAGGAACUGCUUGGAGCGAGAAGCGCUCUAGUACCACAUGAUUUGGAAUGGACCAAGAUUUGACUCUCAUUUACAUCACACAUCUGGCCCCGGGGUAUCACUGUGAUCCGCUGACUCCUGGGAGCCCCAACCCUCCCCAAUGAAACAGUCCUGGUGGGCCCGCCUGGCACAGCUCUUCCUGCUCGCUGUGUGGACCUGCAUGUGGCUGGUCCAGGGAUGCGGGCCGGGCCCUGGGUAUGGUGUCCGCUCAAGGCCCAGGAGACUCACAGCCAUGCACUACAAGCAGUCUUUCCCCAACUUCUCAGAAAACAAUCUUGGUGCCAGCGGGAGAGCAGAGGGCAAGAUCUCACGCAACUCUGAGCGCUUCAAUGAACUUGUGUGCAACUACAAUCCAGACAUCAUCUUCAAAGAUGAGGAGAACACCAACGCAGACCGCUUCAUGACUAAGCGCUGUAAGGACUGUUUGAACAGGUUGGCGAUCGCAGUGAUGAACCAGUGGCCCGGGGUACACUUACGUGUGACGGAGGCCUGGGAUGAGGACGGACACCACCCUGCCAGCUCUCUGCACUACGAAGGCCGGGCCGUGGAUAUAACCACUGACGACAGAGACACAGACAAGUAUGGUCUUCUCGCCCAGCUGGCUGUGGAGGCCGGCUUUGACUGGGUCCACUACGAGUCCAAAUAUCACAUCCACUGCUCUGUAAAAGCUGAUCACUCUGUUGCUGUGGAGAAAGGGGGCUGUUUCCCAGGCUGGGCCCGGGUCACUGUUGCUGGAGGGGUGCAGAAGAGCCUGUCGUCCUUGGCUCUUGGGGACAGAGUCAUGGCCCUGUCUGCGACGGGCAAAGUCGUGUGGAGCCAGGUCCUCUUGUUUCUGCACCAGGAUCAAGAAAGCUGGUCUACUUUUCUGUUUCUGGAGACAGAAGAUGGUCAUAGAUUGGCCCUCACUCCAAAUCACUUACUCUUUUUCGCCCCCCUUUGCAGACACCACAGCAGUGAGUAUCAGGCUCAGUUUGCUAGUAGAGCCAAAACAGGAGAUUGUGUUCUCAUCCAUACAGCUCAGGGUCAAGUGCGUCCAUCACGGAUCAUCUCAGUUUCAGUAGAGGAGAGUGUGGGUGUGUAUGCGCCCUUGACAGAAGCUGGAACUGUGUUUGUUGAUGGGGUCCUGGCAUCCAGCUAUGCCCUGGUGGAGGACCACAGACUCGCACACUGGGCAUUUGGACCUGUGCGACUCCUCUCCUCAUUCAACCAGCUGCUUUUGGGGGAGACAAGGAAAGACCACCAGACCACAGACAGUGAGACAGCUUGCACUGAGACUCCAUUUCAUUGUAGCACUUUGGCAUACAACGCAGACGUGUAUGUGAAUAAUGACACUCUGAACAAACAAGAUGGUCAGAGUCAAACUCUGAGGAUGGAAAUGAAAGAGAAGCAGACAUCAAAUGUGCACUGGUAUGCUAGAUUACUAUACCGUUUCGGAUGUAUCUUGUUAGACUCAAGCUCAUUUCAUCCUUAAAAGCCUGAAACUAUAAUCAGUAAUCAUUGCACUAUUCAAUGUUAAAGCUCUAAAGCAUUCACCCUAACACUUCCUUAUUUUCUUCAAAAAAUGAAAGCACUAGAAUGGCUUGCUUGCUUUUUUUAUACCCGUGUUUGCAUUGUAAACUAUCAUAAUGAUAUACCUGAAACUACUUAAUUAAUAUUUUUUAAGAGAUGACAAUCUGAGAAGGUUACUGUAAAAAAUGAUAUUGAAAAUAACUGUAUAAUGCUCUAUUUGUACAUCAUGUUAUUUCUGUUAAUUAUUUGGGUUAUAUGUGUAAAACAUAUAUCUUAUUCUAAUGUGAUAGGAAUUAAUUUUCCCACAACAAUAGAAACUUUAUUUUUGUACUUUCUGAAUCAUAAUAUAUAUAAAUGUUAAAUUGUAUUAUAAUAAUUACAAUCUAUGUAUUGUAUGUCACAUGUCAUGCCAUAAAAUCAGAUUAAAAUUUCGAUUUAUCAAGCAACAGCCUGGUUUUCUCAGCUUUAGUUUCAAUUGUGUCUGUCAAGCUGAUUUGUCAUUUGCUUGUUUAGCAGAACUGAGUGUGAAAAACCUGAGAUGCAUGCACAAAUAUCUUUCCCUUGGUCUUAGUUGAGCAUUAUGUCUCAGUGUUUAAGAGCUCUGUGGAAAUGAAGUCCAGCAGGCUUGCAGGUUAAUGAAAAGCCCGGACGUACUUAAUAUUCCCCAUACUGUGCCACCACCUUGACUUUAUCACAUACUUGAUCACAUAGCUGCUUCAAGGGAGUGUUUGAUUUUCUUACAAUCUUAAGGACACAGUUUUUCUUUUUUAGCAAUCACUGAUCAAAUUGGGUCACAAGUAUAUCUAUUGAUGGUGUUGUACAGUUCAUUGUUCACAUAACUUUCUAUGGUUACCAGUCCCUAUGUACACUUUUUACAAAACAGAUGUGCCCUUUUCAAGUUAAUAUUAUUGGAUUUAGUUUACUUUUAAAAGGUUUAUAUGUAUGUGUAAAUGCCAUAUUCAGGACAGUAAUAUAGGGUUAUACACCCUCUUGUGGAGAAAGCUGAUAUCAAGCCUGAACAUUUCAUUUACAAUAAAUGCACUUGUACAUGCAAUAACAACUCUAGAUA